AUGUUCAUGCAUUUGGAGGUCUGUUACUAUAUCUUCAUUUUGAUGACUCACAUGACAAGGUCCUGCUUCAGCUGGUCAGUGAAUAAUUUCCUGAUGACUGGACCUAAGGCUUACCUGAUUUACUCCAGCAGCGUAGCAGCCGGGGCGCAGAGCGGCAUCGAGGAGUGCAAAUACCAGUUUGCCUGGGACCGAUGGAACUGCCCUGAGAGAGCCCUGCAGCUGUCCACACACAGAAGCCUCCGCAGCGCGAACAGGGAGACAGCGUUUGUCCAUGCCAUCAGUUCAGCAGGAGUCAUGUACACUCUGACAAGGAACUGCAGUCUGGGGGACUUUGACAACUGUGGCUGUGAUGACACCAGGAAUGGACAGCGGGGGGGUACAGGUUGGCAGUGGGGGGGCUGCAGUGACAAUGUGGGGUUCGGUGAGGCCAUCUCCAAGCAGUUUGUUGACGCGCUGGAGACAGGCCAGGACGCACGGGCCGCCAUGAACCUUCACAACAACGAGGCUGGACGCAAGGCGGUGAAAGGAACCAUGCAGAAGACAUGUAAGUGCCAUGGCGUCUCCGGGUCCUGCACCACACAGACCUGCUGGUUACAGCUACCAGAGUUCCGGGAGGUGGGAAACUACUUGAAGGAGAAGUACCACCGAGCCCUGAAGGUGGACCUGCUCCGGGGAGCCGGGAACAGUGCAGCCAGUCGAGGGGCCAUCGCAGAGACUUUCAGCUCCUUCUCUCGUAAAGAACUGGUCCACCUAGAGGACUCCCCAGAUUACUGUUUGGAGAACCGUACUCUGGGUCUGCCUGGCACGGAGGGCAGAGAAUGCCUGAAGAAGGGCAAGAACCUAAACAAGUGGGAGAAGCGGAGCUGCAAGAGGCUGUGUGGGGAGUGCGGUUUAGCCGUGGAGGAGAGGAAGGCGGAGUUGGUGUCGAGUUGCAAUUGUAAGUUCCACUGGUGCUGUGCGGUGAAGUGUGAGCAGUGCCGUAAGACGGUGACCAAGUACUUCUGUGUGAAGAAGGGGGGGCAGAGGGGGAAGAACGAGAGUGCUGGGAGCCGUAAGAAGAACCUGAGGCUGAGGAAGAAGCACUGAGCUGCAUCCAUCUUCCUCACCAUCAUCAUCACUGCCAUACGCCUUGUCUUCUCACAAGAUGAUUUUCACAGACCCUCUCAAAUGUUUUUACAACAAGCUUUCUGCUUGUAUUCAAAAGACUUCAUUGGAAAAUAAUUUAUUGAAUAAGUCAAGUAUUGUUGUUAUCCCAAUCAAAUGUUUAAUAGUGGGGUAGAAAAUGUGUGGUAAAAAACAUGUUGAUAAAACUACAUGAGAAAAAAUAGAGGGAAACUAUUAGUUGUGUAGAACUGAUGGAAUAAAGGGUAUACAUAUAUUUAAAAUGAUGAAAAAAAAACACUUUUUCCCCCAAUUAUAUAUAUUAUUAUAAGUGAUUGGGCGUUUAAAGCAUCUUACAUACGGCCACACUCAAUAAUCUCCUUCAUACCUGAUAUCUUGAACAACUCUUCCUUAAUGAUCCGUCAACGGUAAACCUCAACAACAUCUUAUUUAUUGUCAUGACCAAGCUCUCUCUACAUGUGACAGUGCCUGAGAUCGAAGCAUCCCAGUAGUUUGUUCAAGCAUGUAUCACAACAGAUAUUCAGAUUAUAGGUUUGAAAAACAAGAAGAGACUUUGGGGUGUGUUCCUCUCGUCCAAUCCCCUGCCCUGCCCUGCCCUGCCCUGCCCUGCCCAGCCCUGCUCUCCCCAGCCCAGCCCUGCUCUCCCCAGCCCAGCCCUGCUCUCCCCAGCCCAGCCUUACCUUGAGGAUGUAUUUAAUUGUAAAUAAAAUGAAGCACUUUGUUCGGUAUAUUGUUUAUUUAUUGCACAGUUUUUUCCUUAGUUUUUGAUUUAUUCAUAGUUGCUUUCAUGGUUGUUAUUAUUUUCUAUAAAACGUUUGUAAUUAAAGAAGUAUA